AUGGCAACCAUGAAAGCAGCAGUCAUCUCCCAACCAGGCGGCCCCGAAGUCCUCAAAAUCACAGAACUCCCCAUACCAACUCCAUCACCAGGCCAAGUCCUCAUCCAAAUCAAAGCCUUCGGACUAAACCGCUCCGAGCUCUUCACCCGCCAAGGCCACUCACCCAACGUCAAGUUCCCCCGCGUCCUCGGCAUCGAAGCCACCGGCAUCGUCGCCUCCUGCCCUGGCAAAGAGUUCUCCAAAGGCGACAUCGUAGUCACAGCCAUGGGUGGCAUGGGCCGUGAUUUUGAUGGCGGCUACGCGGAAUAUACCUGUGUAUCAGCUGGAAACGUUCAAGUCAUCAAAACGGAAUUACCGUGGGAAGUGCUUGGUGCGAUGCCGGAGAUGAUGCAGACUGCUUGGGGGGCGCUGUUUAAGAGUUUGAGGCUGGGGAGGGGAGAGAGAUUGCUUGUUAGGGGUGGGACGUCGAGUGUUGGGCUGGCGGCGGCGGCGAUUGCGAAGGUGCAUGGUGCGUAUGUGGCGUCUACGAGUCGGAGGGGGGAUAGAGAGGAGUUUCUUAAGGCGAGUGGUGCGGAUGAGGUGAUUGUUGAUGAUGGAAAUGUUGCGAAUAAGAUUAAGAAAGGGGAAAGAUUCGAUAAAGUCCUCGAACUCAUUGGGACAACCACACUUAGAGAUUCUCUUAGAUGUGCUGAAGAAGGAGGAACUGUCUGUAUGGCGGGCAUUGUGGGUAAUCAGUGGACUUUUGAGAAAUUCAGCCCCAUGGAGGAGAUUCCCAUGGCGGUUAAUUUGACGACUUAUUCUGGAGGUCCGGAGGAAUUUAUGGCUACACCGUUGGAAGAGUUGGCGAGGCAGGUGAAGGAGGAAAAGUUGAAGGUACAGGUUGGGAGGGUGUUCAAGCUGGAUGAGAUUGUCGAGGCGCAUAGGGUAAUGGAGGAGAAUAGUGCGGGUGGGAAGAUUGUUGUUUUGACUUGA